ACAUGUGUGUCAUAAAUAUUGCGGUGUUAUUUGCAUGUAUAUGUGUAAAUGAUGGUUUGUUACUGAAUGACCCUUCGGCCAUCGAACAACGGCUAGCUCACAUGGAAUCUCUGGUUCAAGGACUCUCACAGGACGUCAACACUUUGAGAACUGAAAAUGCAGACCUGAAAUCUAAAAUUACCGCAGCAAGAACUCCAGUGUAUUUUUCGGCAUACAAGAAGUCCCACCUGACCUUUACUUCAGCCUCCCAAGUAGAUAUUGUGUACGAUGGUGUUCGAAGUAACUUCCACAACUGUUAUAAUCCAUCUACUGGCCACUUCACCGCCCCUGGGAAAGGCUUUUACGUCUUUAGCUGGGAAUCACUGACACCAGCUGGAAAAAUAUUUGAUACCGAAUUAUUGGUCAAUGGUGCAAGAUAUCAAAUGAACAACUGUAACAAUUUAGCAACAACUGCUUCCUUUUCAAGCUGCACCGGAGUCGUCCCUGUCCAGCUAGAGGCCGGGGACAUUGUUAAUAUCAGAAGCACAAGUGGGACAUAUCUUUACGGUGACGGUUGGUCAACCUUCAGUGGCUGGCUCGUGUUUGAAAUGUAA